CUUUUCUGGCACUCGCUCUGUAGACCAGGCUGGCCUCGAACUCACAGAGAUCCACCUGGCUCUGCCUCCCGAGUGCUGGGAUUAAAGGGGUGCGCCACCACCGCCCGGCCUUCUUGGAACUUUUGAUACUCCAUUUUCUUCUGUGAAUUCUGGGUUGAUAGUGGGAUUUGGGGCUAUGAAGUUUUUGUCCUCUUUGCACAUAUUUUUCUGAGUUCAGGAAAGAAAUAAGAUGUUGUCUAUGAUGACAUCAGAGAAUUGCAACUGUGGGGUGUGUGUGUGUGUGUGUGUGUGUGUGUGUGUCAGAAUUUUAGUUGUAUAUUUAUGUAUCAGAACAUUCCUACUUUUUGUUGUAAGUUUUUGAAGUCAGAUGAAGUCCAGGUGGCUCAGUGCUAGCUGAGUUGAUGAUUUAGGUGUGUCCAUGUAUGGACUGGUAGUGGAUAUGAGCUAGACAGGUACAGGGGUGCAGGUUGGUCAGGGCUGGGUUAUUGGGGCUGGCAGGACUCCAGGUGGCAUCUUUGGUUACUUCCUAUAUGCCAGAGGCUUCCCUGGGUAUUGGGCAUUUUAGAAUGCUGGGUGCCAGAGGGAACCUCUUAUAGAGAUGGGGAAGGGCAACUGCAAAGGAUACAUAGUGGCAGGCAGCAGGAUACAGAAGAGCCUGGUGGUAUGUGUGGUUGAAAGUCUCAGGGCCAUGACACAUCUUUGUGGAGCUGCUCUGUGAAGUUACCUGCUGAUAGACCUGUCUGCCCCAAGGAGGCAAGUUCAUGUUGCAGGCGUGGCUGUGGCAGGUUCACGUGUUUUUCAGGAGGAAGAGUUUCUGGGGAAGGAUGGCAUGGAGAUCUCAGACAGUGGACACAAGACUGUAGGAUGGCCUGAGCUAUGGCAGUGGAGAGGGAAGUGACCACAGUGACCGUGGCAAACGUGGGGUCCUCUGCAGAUAACGUCUUUACGACCUCAGUGGCAAACGCAGCAUCGAUAUCAGGACAUGUCCUGUCUGGUAGGACAGCCCUGCAGAUCGGGGACAGCCUGAACACUGAGAAAGCCACGCUGAUAGUUGUCCACACAGAUGGGAGCAUUGUGGAGACCACUGGGCUGAAGGGCCCAGCAGCACCUCUUACCCCAGGUCCUCAGUCCCCUCCUACCCCCCUGGCACCUGGUCAGGAGAAAGGCGGCACCAAGUACAACUGGGACCCUUCCGUGUAUGACAGUGAGUUGCCCGUGCGCUGUCGGAACAUCAGUGGCACUCUUUACAAGAGCAGGCUCGGCUCAGGUGGGCGGGGUCGGUGUAUCAAGCAGGGAGAGAACUGGUACAGCCCAACUGAGUUUGAGGCCAUGGCGGGAAGAGCCAGCAGCAAGGACUGGAAGAGAAGCAUCCGCUAUGCGGGCAGACCCCUGCAGUGCCUCAUCCAGGAUGGUAUUUUGAACCCCCACGCUGCCUCCUGUACCUGUGCUGCCUGUUGUGAUGACAUGACUCUCAGUGGCCCAGUCAGGCUCUUCGUCCCUUACAAAAGGCGCAAGAAAGAGAAUGAGCUGCCCACAACUCCAGUUAAGAAGGAUUCCCCCAAGAACAUCACGCUGCUUCCUGCCACGGCGGCCACCACCUUCACUGUGACACCCUCAGGACAGAUCACUACCUCUGGAGCACUAACCUUUGACCGAGCAUCCACUGUAGAGGCUACUGCUGUCAUCUCUGAGAGCCCAGCCCAAGGUGAUGUCUUUGCAGGAGCGACAGUGCAAGAGGCAGGUGUGCAGCCCCCCUGCAGGGUUGGCCAUCCUGAACCCCACUAUCCUGGCUAUCAGGACAGCUGCCAGAUUGCCCCGUUUCCAGAAGCUGCAUUGCCAACAUCACAUCCCAAAAUCGUCCUGACAUCCCUGCCUGCCUUGGCUGUGCCACCCUCCACCCCCACCAAAGCUGUCUCUCCCACCGUGGUCAGUGGGCUGGAGAUGUCAGACCAGCGGAGCUGGCUGUACCUGGAAGAGAUGGUCAACUCCUUGCUCAGCACAGCCCAGCAGCUGAAGACGCUGUUUGAACAAGCCAAGCAGGCGAGCUCUUGCAGGGAGGCCGCUGUGACACAGGCGAGAAUGCACGUUGACACCGAGCGGAAAGAGCAGUCCUGUGUCAACUGCGGCCGGGAGGCCAUGAGUGAGUGUACCGGAUGCCACAAGGUCAACUACUGCUCCACAUUCUGCCAGCGCAAGGACUGGAAAGACCAUCAGCACGUCUGUGGCCAGUCAACAUCUGUCACUGUCCAGGCUGAUGAAGUCCAUGUUGAAGAAAGUGUAAUAGAAAAAGUUGCUGUUUGAGCCAAGCCUCUCCCUGCUCUACUGCGAGGCCAUCACAGGCUUAGGCCCUCUGAUGACUAUGGGGGCUGCUGAGAAGUGAGGCCAUGGGAAACUUGCCGGACAAGUUACUAACAAACAGACUAUGCCCUUUGAAAGGAACUCCUGCCAGAGACCAAGGAAUGCUGGUGGGUUUCAGAACAGGGGCCCUCUGCCACAGCCCAGGGCCCUUGACCUAUCGCGGUGCUCUUUCAUCCCUGGAUCACGAGUGUCCCAUUACCUGUGGGGGUGCCCUACGCCACGUGUACAUAUCUGUUUUGUCUGUUAAUAAAGUUGUAAAUAAAGCCCCCAUCCCCCACCUGGA